GUAAAAACGGAAAACUAUCGUUAUAUGGAGAUGGAACUGAUGAGGCUUAAUUAAUUUCUACUUAAUCUGAGGUAAAAAAAAUUAAUUUUUACUUAAUCAACUAGCAAUAGAAAAGCAAAGGUGAAACGUGGAGGAAUAAGAACCAGAUAAAGAACCCUCAUAUAUGAUAUCCUCUUAUGCUUGUGAGAUGAAAGAAACGGUCCUACUCUUCAAUAAUUCUUGCCUUUUGCAAGAUGUAUGCUCCCUGACAUCUCCGAUGCUCCUUUUAUAAUUUCUGUGCUUUCAUGGCAAUAACCUAGCAACCAAAACAACAUUAUUUUUGUUUUCUUCUCUCUUUUAGCAUCUUCUCAUCAUCCAUCUCUUGUUAAUCAUUUCGUGGACUGUGGAAAAGCUGCCACCAAUUGUGUCAUCAAGAUUAAGGGGUAGCUAGCUAGCUAGCUACCAACGUUUGGCUCAGCCGGCCAUUCCAGACAUUGCAGGUGGGGGUAUCUUGCGUUCCCAGAUCCUUCUUGGUUCUGCAGCGGUCCCCAAUCACUGGAUGCCUUCUCCCUUUGCUUCUACUAAGUGCUUUGCUUGCCCUUUCUUCUCUUCUAUAAGUCCUCUCACUAUUCCAAGAUAUACACACAUUAGGAGAAAAGCAAUAUGUAUAUGAAAUCAUUAUUACAGGAUAUGUAGAUGCAGCAACUUAUAUGCGGCAGAUUUUCGAUAUUUAUAAAGGUCAAGAUUCAUGGGUAAGAUUGAUCCUCCAUUUCAAGAGACUUACAAGACCCUUUUCAAGGAUUGUCUUGUAAGGGCAACAGAAGGCAGGAACCUUCCAAUGGUGGAAGAAUGUGAGCUGCCGCUUAUCGAUAUUAAUCGUUUAUCUUGGGGACACCCAGAAAGAGAAAAAUGUAUUACAGAAAUGGCUGAAGCAGCAAGUAAAUGGGGUUUCUUUCAAGUAAUCAAUCAUGGGAUCCCAGUAGAGAUUUUGGAAAGGAUGCAAUAUGAACAAAUGAAGGUGUUCCAUACAUCUUUUCAAAACAAGUGUGAAGGGAACAUCUUGAAUUUAUCAGCAAACAGAUACCUUUGGGGGAACCCUAAAGCGACUUGUUUGAGGCAGUUCUCUUGGUCAGAGGCUUUUCAUAUACCUCUUGCAGAUAUCUCAAGAAUGGGUUCUGAAAACAGAAGUCUCAGAUCAACCAUUGAAGCAUUUGUGCAAACAGCAGCCACUUUGGCUCAAAGCAUAGCUGAGAUUUUAGCUGAGAACUUGGGUGUUAAAUCCAAAUUCUUUGCAAAAUAUUGUACACCAAGCACUAGUUAUCUGCGUAUGAAUAGGUAUCCUCCGUGUCCGUUCUCUUCUGAGGUCUACGGAUUGUUGCCUCACACAGAUAGCGAUUUCCUAACAAUAUUAUAUCAAGAUCAAAUUGGAGGAUUGCAAUUGAUGAAAGAUGGGAGAUGGGUUGGUGUUAGACCUAAUAACAAUCCUGAAGCCCUGGUAAUCAACAUUGGUGACUUGUUCCAGGCAUUUAGCAAUAAUAUCUAUAGAAGUGUUGAACACAGAGUGAUUGCCCAACAAGAAAUAGAGAGGUUUUCUGUUGCAUAUUUCUUCUGCCCCUCUUAUGAUGCUGUAAUAGAAAGCUUUAGCAAGCCAGCAAUAUACAGAAAGUUUAGUUUCAGAGAAUAUAAACAGCAAAUCCAGAAAGAUCUUCUAGCUACUGGUGAUAAAAUCGGGCUCUCCAGAUUUCUCGUGUGACAUAAAAUAUUUUGUCACAAGAAGCAGUCCAAUUUACAUUACCUUCUGAAUUUGUGCAUGCAAAUAUGUAUAUUGUUUUUAAUUAUAUAAGUGCAUAUCAAGCAGCAGUCUUAAGAUGGGGUUUCAUUUA